AUGGUCGGAAAAGUCAGCGAGAGGGUCCUCCUACGGGAAGGACUGGAGAGGACCGACAAUGGCAUGAAAUUGACAACAUGGCCUGAUGUCACCCCCAUCAAUCAAAAGAACUAUUACACCGAUUACAUGAAGCGCGAUGAUCAAGUUCUCGCCCUCCGUCUUCAGAGCGAUGCGACACGCGACCGACUAGUCCAGAGUGCCCGAGACCGCGACCGCGCCCUAUCCAAGACCGCUAAUGGCGAGUUGCCUCUCCCCGUCGCAGACUUGGCUGAGGAGGAUGGUGCCACAACGCCCUCCACUGGCAUGGACCCCUCGAGGGUCAUUGUGAUUCAUCCCGGCAGCCAAAACCUUCGGAUAGGCUUUGCCAGCGACGCGCUCCCCAGGACGAUCCCCAUGACCUUGGCGACCAAGUUCCCCCAGACCGAGUCCGAGAUGUACGAGGCCCUUCCACGACGGCAAUUCGAGGCCAAGACCACAGACCAGCAGUACGGCGAGGAGUGGGCCAAGAAGUACCAAAAGAUGUGCAAUGAUCUGAAGAUCGACAUGCGAGCCAACAAGCGCAAGGUUCUCCCAAAUUCCAAGGAGCUUGUGCAGACCUUUAACCGUCGCACGGAACCCGAGCUCAUCCAAAAGCAUAAUGACCCCCUUGAAAUCGAAUGGACCGAUAUCGACACAUUGGAGGACCCCGAGUCACUGGCGUCAUGCUUCAUCGGAAACCAGGCUCAGCGCGUACCUGAUGACUCGAAUCCCAAGUUCAAGCUGUGGUGGCCGAUCCAGCAUGGUUCAUGGAAUGAGGACGGGUACACAAGCCAGGAACAUCUCUACGACGAUUUCGAGACUCUGCUCGACAAGGCCUUGAGACAAGAGCUCGGACUCAAGACUAACAGCGAGUGGCAACAGUAUAGUUGCGUAUUUGUCAUUCCCGACCUCUACGACAAGCGAUACGUCGAGCAAGUGCUGCGAUCCUGCAUGACCUGGUUCGAGUUUAGUAGGAUAUGCUUCGUCCAGGAGAGUAUGGCUGCGACCUUUGGUGCUGGAUACACACAGGCUUGUGUGGUCGAUGUGGGAGCCCAGAAGACAUCGGUAACGUGUGUGGAAGAUGGUCUUUGCAUCGAGGACUCAAGAAUCAACCUGAAGUACGGCGGAUACGACAUCACCGACACAUUCGUCAAGAUGAUGCUCUACGACAACUUCCCUUACCAGGACAUGAAUCUGCGACGGCGAUAUGACUUCCUCCUUGCCGAGGAGCUCAAGAUCAAGCACUGCACCAUGUCCCAGGCCGACAUCUCUGUUCAACUCUUCCAGUUCCACGUUCGGGCGCCCAACCAGCCAACCCGGAAAUACCAGUUCAAGACCUACGAUGAGGUCAUCCUUGCCCCAAUGGGUGUAUACGAUCCUGCCAUCUUUGACAACAGCACGAAGUUGAGAGGCCGACGGAAAUUGGUGGACCGGUCAUACAACGCUUACGAUGUCGACAUCCCCGAUGACCCCUCGUCGGCCGCCCAGCUAGCGAUCCUGGCGCUUGUCCAGCCAUCGAUCACCUCAAACGCCAAUGGCUUCACCCAGUCACAACUUGAUGUGUCGACCCCUAGCAAGGAGAAGGCGCAGUUCAACUUCCUUGGCAAGGAUGGUGUCGGAAGCGGAACCCCUAUGGGUUCACACGCCGGCUCACCUGCGCCCGAGGGAGCCAGCACACCUGUCCCCCCUGCUUUUGUCUUUUCUGGCAAGGACAAGGAGGGUGCGAAUGGAGGCAGCCCGGCUCCUAACGGCACCCGGGCUGCGGGAACGCCUAUCCCUGGACAGAACGCUCAACCACCGGCGGGCAUGUUUGUCGAUGCCGCCGCUCGAACCGCCAAGUCCAUGGCUGCGGAACGGGAUGCUGUGCUACCUGUGGCGCCUCUCGAUAUUGCCAUUCUUACGAGUAUUCAAAACGCCGCCAAGGGUGACGAAAAGAAGCUACGAGACCUGCUGGGAAGUAUCAUGGUUAUUGGAGGUGGCGCCAAGAUCCCUCACUUCACGGUUGUUCUGGAGGAGAAGAUCAAGGCUCGACGACCAGACCUUUAUGAUAGAAUCCUGGUGAGUCGAAGCGCAAGAGACAUGGACGAGCAGGUGGUUACGUGGAAGGGUGCCAGCGUCUUUGCGAAGCUGUCAACCAACGACUCGUGGAUCACACCCUUUGAGUUUGAGCGUCUGGGCGCAAGGACUCUUCACCACAAGGUGCUUUGGGCAUGGUAG